AUGACAGCAUACUAUACUCUUGACGUCACUGUGGAUGUCAGUGGACAGAAGAAGGAGGAAUCAGAAAUCCAGACCUGGAAGGCUCAGAAGAGCAACUGGUCUUUUUCAAUGCAAACACUGUAUUUGUUGCUAACACUGACCUUAUACCUCAGAAACACAAAGUGUAUUGUGACGCUGCGGCUGAGCCAGGCCGUGUCUCCAUGCUGUAUCCUCAGUACUCUCUGUGCGGCCAGUAGAAGGUCCCCUGAUGUCCGGGUAGUAGGAAAAAUAGCAGAUAGAAUCAGUUUGAUACCAAAUAGCUGCAACCCACUGGAGAAAAACCGGUGCAUUUACAAUGGUCCAGGCAGUGCAUCGUGUGAGGAGUCCGGUGCUGCAUAUGUGGAAGAUCAAGGCAACUUAACUAACUGUCAACCAAAGAAGAACUGCAGCUGCUCUACGUAUUGCAGCAAAAUUGAUGCAUACUACACUUUUCAAAUAUCAAUACAGAGUCCAGAGGUGGACUUUCCAUAUGUCUUGUCUAAGGUUUCUAACAUAAAGGAAGCACCAAUCUGUUCUCCAGCUACAGAGUUUCAAUGUCCUUUUUCCACCUUUCUAUUGGAAUACAAGGAUGUGAAUGUGUUCUGUGAAAGCACAGGAGCAAUUCUUCAAAGCUGCAAAGUGAUCGUAAACUUAGCUUACGAGGUUCCUAUCUGCAACGUGUCGGCAGCGGUGACGAAUCUGUUUCAGUUCAAUGAAAAAAUCAGUUUUAAUGGACUGGUGACUCAAGCAGCAAUAUGUGGGAAUUCAAAUGCUAGUGACAAUCCACAGUUCACAUGGGAGAAGAGUAACCUGACGCCUCAUAUGUUUUGUACGACAGCAGAAGAGCCUCUCACCUUCUCCUGUCAAGAUGGGAAAAAUGUGGUUGUAGAGCUGGACAACCAGUGUGUUCACAUGCCGUCCACGACAGUCGGCCCAAACGUGACGACCGUGCAACCAAACACCACCACGACUGUGAACGGAACCUCAUCCCCACUGAACACGACAGCUGAACCCCUCAACACCACCACCAUCGCUGCUAAUGUCACAGUGACAACAACACUCAAUGCAACCACCACCGCUGCUAAUGUCACAGUGACAACAACACUCAAUGCAACCACCACCGCUGCUAAUGUCACAGUGACAACAACACUCAAUGCAACCACAACCCCAGCAAAUGUAACCACAACUGAGUCAGCUGAAAGCCAAGCAGACGCGCUGCUGGAGAUGACCAGAGACGUGUCCAGGCUGAACUCCAGCCAGGUGGAUCAGCUGGUAUCUCAGCUGGAGGAUCUUUUGUCAGGGCCGACCAUCAGCCUGGCUCUGGGAAACACAUCCGUCCACAUUGUCAGCAAUCUGCUGGGUGCUUCUGCUGAGACGCUGGCGGACUCCUCCAGGAGGAUUAUAGGGAUCAUUGACACAGUGGGGUUGAAGCUGGUCCUCAACGAUCAGGCUGAGUCGCUCUUGGCCUCGGCAGUGGCUUUGUCUGUGAAACCAGCAGAUGGCAGCAACUUUGAGGAAACGUUUUUUUCCAUCUCAGACCCCACUAAUGUACUGGUCCGUGGGGAUCCCAGACCAAAGAGGAGCGUGAGAGCGGACUCCUCCAUCCCUCAGGGCUCCAUCAGGCUGCCCCCCACCCUCACACAGGACCUGACCACAGAGCAACAGCAGCUGGCCUCUCGACUGCAGUUCAAUUUCUACCAGAAGAGCACAGUGUUCCAGGACAAAUCUUUGGGUGAACAACGCAAACUAAACAGUGGCAUCCUGGGAGCGAGUGUGGCCAACCUGUCAAUCACAGGACUGAAGGACGAUGUUGUGAUUCGCUUGAGGAACAAAGAACCAAUUCCUAAGGAUUUCAAGGCCAUGUGUGUUUUCUGGGACUUUACAUUUAAUAAUGGUUCAGGUGGUUGGAACCCUGACAACUGCUCUGUCCUGAACAGCACAGACAACAUGACAACUUGUGGCUGCAACCAUUUAACCAGUUUUGCAAUCCUGCUGGACCUCUCAAGACAACCUGUAACCGAUGCUCUCCAGGCCACCAUCCUCACCUUCAUCACAUACAUCGGUUGCGGAAUCUCUGCCAUCUUCUUGUCUAUCACCCUCCUUACCUACUUGGCGUUUGGGAAAUUGCGUAAGGACAUUCCAUCCAAAAUCCUGAUCCAGCUGUGUCUGGCUCUGCUGCUGCUGAACCUCGUCUUCCUGGUUGAUGCUUGGCUGGCGCUCUACCCAGACGCCUUGGGCCUCUGCAUCUCCACCGCCUGGUUCCUUCACUACUUCCUGCUGGUUUCCUUCACCUGGAUGGGACUUGAGGCUGUCCACAUGUACCUGGCCCUCGUCAAGGUCUUCAACAACUAUGUAUCGCACUACAUGCUGAGGUUCUCGUUUGCCGGCUGGGGUAUCCCAAUGAUCGUGGUCAUCAUCGUCAUUGCUAUUGACAAAGAUAACUAUGGCCUUGUCUCCUAUGGAAAGUUUUCUGAUGGCACUACUGAUGGCUUCUGCUGGCUGAAAAACGACAUCGCCUUCUAUGUCGCCGUGGUGGCUUAUUUCUGCGUCAUUUUCCUCUUCAAUGCCAUCAUGUUUGUUGUGGUGUUGGUGCAGCUAUGUCGCAUAAAGAGGCAGAACCCACACAACGCACAGCACCGCACCACGCUGCAGGAUGUGCGCAGUGUACUGGGGAUAACCAUCCUCCUGGGCCUCACUUGGGGCUUCGCCUUUUUCGCCUGGGGGCCCGUGAACCUGGCGUUCAUGUACCUCUUUGCCAUCUUCAACUCCUUGCAAGGUUUCUUUAUAUUUGUGUUGCACUGCGCAGUGAAGGAAAACGUGAGGAGGCAGUGGAGGAUCUACCUGUGCUGCGGCAAAAUGAGACUGGCAGAGAACUCAGAAUGGAGUCGUACUGCAACACAGAAGAAUACAAAGAAGUCGUCAGUUACCAGACUGACGUCCCUUAACUCGUCUCAGUCGUCCCAGUCCAACAACUCAUCCAGCUCCUCCUCUUUUCUCGCCACUUCAGAGCAGACUCGUGGCAUCGGUAGCCCAUUGGAAGACAGAGCAAUCACAGCGGAUGAAGAGCCCGGCAUGGACGUGGUCCUCAAUGAGAUCAACAGACAGUACAGAACCCAAAAUGCCUCCUGAUCCACAAAGGACUGAACACACCAUCUAAGAAUGCCUCUUAUUUUGAAGGACAUGUAUAUAAUGUCAAUUAAGCAGAGUGUUUUAUGUAUUUUAUGACAAAAUGUAAAUAAUACAUUAUGGUUAUUGGUUUUUAUACAUUUUUCAUACAAUAGCCUUUAUUCCUUUGUACAGUGAUGUUAUCAGUAUAGAAUAUUCAGAUGGUACAAGGCCAGAACACAUGUUGGAUUAAAUGAUUGAAUAGUCCAAAAAACUAAAUAUCUCAGAUUUGAUGCAUCUGCAUUUCUAAUACUAUAGAGAAAAGGUAAUAUGAAGUAUUUAUAAGGAUAGGGUGUUGAAUCUUUCUUCCAUCCAUCAUCCGUACUACUUUUCCUUUUGAGGGCUGUGAAAGGACUGUUGGGCCUUGGUGGAGGUAUGAACUCUACACAGUGUUAUUCUAGUUAUUCAUUUCUUUAAAAAACCAAGGCAAGGCACUUUUCCCCCCAAAACAUUUUAAUUGUAAAUGGUCACAAAAAUGUCUCAUCUCAAGUAGGACAGAAAAGCAUUUGGUGAAAUCAUAUAUAAUAAAUAAAUGUAACUGAGUCCCACAGGGUUGCUCACGUGUAGAUUCGCUGUGUACUGUAUAUGCAAGCUACAUUCACUGUCCUUCACAUGCACGUUAUACAGUCUUAAAAAAAACUUUAAAUAUAUCAGGAGAAACCAAGGUGCUAAUAAAACAUGACAUAAAAACAGCACAAGCACAAAGGUGGCAUUAAAGUGGUGGAAAUGUUUCCCUUUUAAAACACAUUUGGACUUCAACACUACAGUCAUCACUGGGCGUGAUCACAUCACCUUGAAUCAACCUGAAAGAAUCAAAUCACAUUAGAGUGGCAGUAACAAAACUAGAGCUUAAAAGCGACUCCCUUGAGCUGCGCUUAGUCUAUAGAUUGGCCUAUCACACAAUUUGAGCUCAUAACUCAAGAAAAAAAAAA